UUGAAUCGACGUAAGCGAAAAAGAGGAUACACUUGGGUGUUUUUUAUGAGAGGUUUCUUUGUCGAUAUCUUGUGAUCUUUCUUACACCAUUUAUACGAGUAAGGUCUACGACUCGACUAUUUGCUGCUAUUAGAUUAGUCGGAUGGUAGUCUAGGGAUUGCUCUCGCGCUUUUGAUAUAUUGUUAUACAGACCAACCACCACCUCAAUCAAAACCAACCCGGCAGGCCACCACAUCCCCCAAAAUGCCCUCCCUCCUAACCCCCUACCUCACCCCCCUCACCCUCCUCCCCACCCUCCUCGCCCUCCUAAUCCUCUACAAACUCCUCUCCACCCUCCGCACCUCCCGGCAAAUCGCCCGCCUCGGCGCCCGCGCCCCCAUCCGCACAACCUACGUCCCCUACGGCCUCGACAUGCUCUACGAAGUCGUGACGCACCUGCUCGCGGACAAGAACUACGAGCUGUGGGUCGGCAUGUUCGCGAAGUACGGCCGGGGCGGGUUCACGGUCGAGGCGGGGAUCGGUCAAAGGGUUAUCCUGACGGCGGAACCGGAGAACGUUAAGGCGAUUCUGGCGACGCAGUUUAAGGAUUAUGGGAAGGGGGAGCAGUUUAGGAAGGACUUUUAUGACUUUUUGGGGAAUGGUAUUUUCACGACUGACGGCCAUCUCUGGCACAACUCCCGCCAAUUGAUCCGACCCCAAUUCGUCAAGGAUCGACUCAGUGAUCUCGACAUCUUCGAGGAGCACGUGCAAAUCCUCAUGAGGGAGUUCUCUAAUGGACGAGAAAUCGACGCCAUGGAUCUUUUCUUCCGGUAUACCUUAGACGCCGCCACGGAUUUCCUUCUCGGGAAAAGCGUCGAGAGCUUGCAGAAUCCGCAGACGAGAUUCGCUGAUGCGUUUAUGAAUGCUCAGAGGGUGCAGAGCAUUAUAUCACGACUUGGACCUCUCAACUGGGCCGUCCCACGCAAACGCAUGGGCUUCGACUCCUCCAUCAAAAUCAUCAACCAAUUCAUCGACCAAUACAUCGACACUGCCCUCGCACUCCCUCCCUCCGAACUCGAAAAGAAAACCACCCACGACCAAGAUUACACCUUCCUGCACGCCAUCGCCGGCUACACCCGCGACCGCACAAUGCUACACGACCAAAUCGUCUCCGUCCUUCUCGCCGGACGCGACACGACGGCCUGCACCCUCACCUGGACGAUCUACGAGCUCUCGCGCCAACCGCACAUCACCGCAAAGCUACGCCAGGAAAUCAUCAACACGGUCGGCCUCGAUGCCGCCCCAACAUACCAACACCUAAAAGACAUGAAGUACCUCCAACACAUCCUCAACGAGACCCUCCGCCUCUACCCCGUCGUCCCCUUCAACGUCCGCGUCUCCCUCACCGACACAACCCUCCCCACCGGCGGCGGCCCCGACGGCACCCUCCCCAUCGGCAUCCCCAAGGACACCCCCAUCGCCUACUCCACGCUCGUCAUGCAGCGCCGCGCAGACCUCUACCCGCCGCCAUCUUCGGGCUUCCCGGCCGUCGACUUGUACUGCCCCGAGCGAUGGGACGGCUGGACCCCCAAGAGCUGGACGUACAUUCCGUUCAACGGCGGCCCGAGGAUAUGCAUAGGGCAGCAGUUCGCGCUGACGGAGAUGGCGUACACGCUCGUGAGGCUGUUCCAGCGGUUCGAGACGGUGGAGAAUAGGAUGGGCGGUGAGGAGCCGGGGAUGCAUAUGGAUAUCGUGCUGCAGCCGGCCAGGGAGAUCAAGGUCGCUUUUGUGUAGUUGGGGGGUGAGGGACUUCUUUGGGAUUAUGACUUUUCCUCCUGUUGUUUUUGUUGUUCUUUUUCUUCGUCAUUAUCUUUUUUCUGAUGUCA